GCCGUGGCGGAGAAGGGAUGAAACGGGCCUUUGAUCAUCUGCUCCUGACGUGCUGGAUUCUACUCGUGACUCAUCCCGCAUUCAGCUGUUUCCGGCCUUUCUUCAUCGCCAAGAAAAGCACCAAGUCGCUGCCUCAAGAAUACCGAGUAGGUGCAUCACGAUUGCAACGAUUCAUGACUGACGGGUGCUGGACGGAUGUUUCUUCUAAAUGCUUGUGUGCAGCUACGGGGACUUCUUGAAUCAGGGCCGCUUUUGCAGCAGCAGAGGUCCGCUUUGUUGGUGUCGAUGCUGCCGACUGACAGCGGUGCAGAGGAAGGGUCAGAUAAACCCUCAUCCUCACGGCUCAUCCAGCCGCACCAAGACAGGAGCUCACCCGCCUACCGCCAACUCAUGGCCCAUCUGGGUGCCCGCAUUAGGCAGGGAUCUCUGGUGUCCUUUCCCACAGAGACCGUCUACGGCCUGGGGGCCAACGCACUCGACGAGCAGGCCGUCCUCAAGAUCUUCGCCAUGAAGAGGCGGCCUCUCACCGACCCCCUUAUCUGCCACGUGGGGGGUCUAUCUGGCGAGGGAGGUGCGCUGGCACUGCUGGAUGUGGGUGACAGGGAGAGGGAGGUGGUCGAGAGGCUCGCCGCCACCUUCUGGCCGGGGCCGCUGAGCAUUAUCGGCAAGGCCAGAGGGAUCGUGCCCCCCGAAGUGACGGCAGGCACGGGAUUCGUUGCCGUCAGGUCAGACAACAACAGACAGACCCACGAAAGAUCCUUCAAGAGGCAGGGCGGCCUGUCAUGAUCAUGGUAUCUGUGUUUGGCGAUCCUCUCGCGUCAGGUGUCCGAACAGCUCCUUGGCCCUUGACCUCAUCAGUGCUUCCGACCGGCCCAUAGCGGCCCCUUCUGCCAAUCUGUUCGGCGCCAUCUCGCCCACUACAGCGCAGCACGUGCUCAAGAACUUCCCUCAGGAGGACCUGGUGAUCCUUGACGGCGGGUCAUGCCACGUGGGCAUCGAAUCGACUGUCAUCAAGCUCGAGAUGGGCGAGAGGGAGGGAGAGGAUUGGGAUGAUCGCAUCUGCAUCAACAGGCGGGGCAGGGUGUCUAAGGAGAUGAUCGAAGAGUGUCUGCGGCAGGCCGGUGCGGAGAUGGCCUCCAUCCGGGUGUAUGUAUCCCCCAAAAUCGACUACGGCCGCGGCAGUGCCAGUGAAGAUGUCGCAAGAGCACCGCCGUCCGCGUCCGAGGCGCAGGAGAGCCCCGGCAUGCUGCUGAGCCACUACGCCCCGUCAGUACCCACCUAUCUAAUCUCAGUGGCAACGACAGACACCUCUUCCGGCACCGGCAUCGACAUUCACCCCCAAGAGGAGUCCCCCGCCCUGCCCCCUCCCAGCAAGUGUGUUCUCAUAGACAUGGGCAGCCGGAUGAGGGACCUGAGGGGCGAGUUUGCGGCCUAUUUCGACCUCUGCGAGGCGGCCGAGCACACGGCAUCGGACGAGUCGGCGUUCCUGGAGGAGGCGAUGCGGUCGCUGUUUGCGACUUUGCAUGAGGCAGAGGCGGCGGCUGUGGAGCGGGGCUGUGGCCUGAUCUGUGUGGGUGUGGCCGAUGACGCAUCGGACAUGGGUGAGCCGGCACUGGCACUCUACGACAGACUGUACAGGUGAGGGACAGGGGGAGGGGGGCGAGAAUAGCACAGAAUGUACCUUCUUGACACGGUGCGGAUCACUGUGUUGUGUUGUGUUUUGUUGUGUCAGGGCUGCGUCUGGUCGGCGUUUGCACCUUUAUCGCUCGGGAGCGGCAGGUUGGAGGCUACGCAGGCAGACAGCUGAGUAAUCCAAGAAGGAAUAAAUGAAUGAAUGACGGUGUGUGUAUAAAAUAGCGUCUGGGCGGAGCACGUGUGCGAUGAUGAGGC